AUGUAUCAUUUUUCACAGAAUUUUGAAGUCCAGGUAUUUAUCGACGAUGAUCUUGAAGAUGAUACUCGGUCGGAAUGUGAAGGCAGCGUCGCAUCUUCAACCAUUAGCCUUCGGCCAUCAAUCCGAUCGUAUCAUGAGGAGAACGGGCGGACAUAUCAUCACUACAAGGAAGGCAAAUACAAUAUUCCAAACGACGACAAAGAGCUGGAUAGACAAGAUCUAGAACAUCACUUAUGGCUUCUUACCCUGGAUGACAGGCUUGGUCUCGCGCCACCAUGCCAGCCCAACGCCAACGUCGGUCGAGUCCUCGAUGUCGGGACAGGUACGGGGAUUUGGGCCAUGAACUACGGUGAAGAACACCCGCAAGCCCGAGUAUACGGAAACGAUCUUUCUCCGGUUCAGCCAGAUCAUACACCGCCAAAUGUUAGAUUUGAGGUUGACGACGUGGAAGACGAGUGGACGUUCUCCCGUCCAUUCGACUACAUCCAUAGCAGGGUAAUGACUUCCAGCAUCUCCGACUGGAGUCUUUACUUACGUCGGUGCCUUGACAACCUUGAGCCGGGGGGAUAUCUGGAACUUCAGGAGCUUGACUGCGUUCCGCGCUCCGAUGACGGGACCCUCACUCCAGAAAGCCCGUUGAUGAAAUGGGCUGAUCUUCUCGUUGAAGCAUCAGAAAAGUGCGGGCGCCCUUAUAUCCGUAUCCCUCCACUCAAGGACCUUAUGGUUGAGAUAGGGUUCGAGGACGUGUGCAUUUAUAUGCAUAAGUGGCCCACUAAUAGCUGGCCAAAGGAUCCAAAGUUCAAGGAGCUUGGGAUGUGGCAAAAUCAAAGCAUGAUGGAAGGACUCGAUGGCUUCACUAUGGCCCCUUUAACUCGGGCGCUGAAGUGGAAGAAGGACGAGGUGAACGUAUUCCUAAUCGAUGUGCGGAAGGAGAUCAACGAUAGAGACGUCCACGCAUACUGGCCCAUGUAA